AUGAGCACAGAACCGCUAGCCGCGUCCACCGAUAGCCGCAUACUUCACGAGGCCGCUAUUCCACCACACGGCAUUCCAGCCGGACCUGCUCUGCCUAAACCCACCGAAGAGGACCUCAGCAACUUUGUCACCUACCUGCGGAAAGCCUCGGCUUCUCGACCCGAGGCUGACACAGGGUCCAACCUCGACCACGAACUCGACCACGAACUCGACUCCUCCUACUGGGAUGCCGCCGCCAUGUCGCCGCUGACAGCGCAAUCGGCUGCCGCCCUCGUCCGCCUCCGAGCCUACAGGCCGCCGCCCCUGCCGACAUGGGACCGCCUGCCCGCCAGCCGCCGCGCCGCCGUGCUUCUCCUCCUGUUUGCCGAUCGCCGUGGCGAUUUGAGGGUCGUCAUCACCAUGCGUGCCGCCAGCCUGCGUAAUUACUCUGGACACGCUGCUUUCCCUGGUGGCAAGGCCGAUGACGUUCACGAGACGCCCUACCAGAUUGCCCGCCGCGAGGCCUUUGAGGAAAUCGGCCUGCCCAACAUACAUCACCCCCUGCCUGCCCCCUUCCGCAUCGAGUCGCUCUGCGAACUACCCUGCAACAUCGCCCAGACCCAGAUCGUCGUGCGCCCCUGCGUCGCCUUCCUGCACACCGACCAGACGACCGAGACGAGACCGCCCGGCGCAGCUGACGCCCACGCCGACGCCCCUCCGCCGGCCGAGGCCAUGAUCCCCGUCCUCGACGCCAAGGAGGUCGCCGCCGUCUUCUCGGCCCCCUUCCACAACUUCCUGCGCGCCCAGGACGAGGCGACGGGCCGCACCCAUCCGCCGGGCCACUGGUACGACGGCCGCUGGGUCCACUUUCGCGAGUCGCCGUGGCGCGUGCACAACUUCUACGUCCCUGUCGACGCGCAGCGCGUGUCCAAGCCCGAGGCGCCACCCGCCGCGGCGCGUGCGCAAGACGAGAAGCAGCAGGAGGAGGCCCCAGCCGACGCCGACGCGCAGGCGCAGACGAAGCUCGCGGCCAAGCUCGAGGAGGAGCAGGUCGCGCGGUACAAGGUCUGGGGCAUGACGGCGCACAUUCUCGUCGACGCGGCGCGGCUCGCGUACGGCGAGACGCCCGAGUUUGAACACAACCAGCAUCACGGCGACGAGGACAUUAUCAAGACGGUGGAGAAGGAAGGGGGCUUCUUCGACACGAAGAAGCCCAAGCCCGACGUCGUUUCCGACCCGGCUCUCAAGGAGGAGACCGAGGCUGCAGCAGACGCAGGCGAGCCGGCCAAGAUGUAG